AUGGACGAUGAGAACAUAUCAAAAAUACCCAGUGCAAGACGGCACGAUUGUUACUUAAAUAAAUACAUAUAUAGUCCUUACCAGAUACACACAGUAACCGAUGAACAACGAUGCAAUGUCGCCAUAUCAGACGGAGUAUUGGUCACAAGUAAACUCUGCAGCCAUCUGAUGUGGACCGUGGACGAAUCUCCACCAAGUCGAAAUCUAAGUCUGACAGGCUUCUCGACGGGGACAAAACGCACAGACAUAUUGCACACGAGGUCGUGUGGUGAUAGUUCGAGUAACCUCACUGGUCCGUUAUCACUGUCCGAAAUGUCAAAGGUGCGGAAAAACCACCCUUAA